GGAACGGCGGCGCAAAGCGAGGCGGAACGGGUGGCAGCGCGCGGAGAACGGCAAAGCCCUCUGACCGAAGAUGCAUAGGAUAUUGGCCAUAGUUGUUUGGUGUUUUCUGCAAGUGGAAGGCAGGCAUCCAGAAAUCAUCCCUGGGAGCAGCAACAAUGGCAAUUUCUUGGACAAUGACAAAUGGCUGAGCACUGUUUCCCAAUAUGACAAAGAUAAAUAUUGGAAUAAGUUCAGAGAUGAUGAUUAUUUCAGAAACUGGAACCCAAACAAGCCUUUUGAUCAAGCUCUUGAUCCUUCCAAAGACCCAUGUUUGAAGGUAAAGUGCAGCCCACAUAAAGUGUGUGUCACUCAUGACUACGAGACAGCCAUUUGUGUAAGUCGCAAACAACUGGUACACAGCCUUCGGCAAAAGAAAGGAAACCUUCCCCAGAGACACUGGAAUGGACCAGCUAAUUUAGUAAAAUGCAAGCCAUGCCCUCUGAUGCAUGCCAGUGCGGUUUGUGGCUCCGAUGGACAUACUUACACAACCAAGUGCAAGUUGGAGUUUCAUGCCUGCACAUCUGGCAAAAACAUUGCAGCUCGCUGUGAAGGGCCUUGCCCAUGCCUUCCAGGACAGGAAAGUCUAAAGCACAAGGCUGAGAAAACUGCAGCUUGCACAGACAAGGAGCUGAGGACCCUUGCAUCCCGCCUAAAAGACUGGUUUGGUGCUCUUCAUGAAGAUGCAAAUCGUGUCAUCAAGCCAACCAGCUCGGAUUCAGCACAAGGCAGAUUUGACACUAGCAUAUUACCAAUCUGCAAGGAUUCGUUGGGCUGGAUGUUCAACAAACUGGAUAUGAACUAUGACCUUCUCCUCGAUCACUCAGAGAUCAAUGCCAUUUAUCUUGAUAAAUAUGAGCCAUGCAUUAAACCGCUCUUCAACUCCUGUGACUCCUUCAAAGAUGGAAAGCUUUCAAACAACGAAUGGUGCUACUGCUUUCAGAAGCCUGGAGGUCUCCCUUGCCAGAAUGAGAUGAACAGAAUUCAAAAGCUGGGCAAGGGGAAGAGCCUGAUGGGAACUUUCAUUCCACGGUGCAAUGAAGAAGGAUAUUACAAAGCAACUCAGUGUCAUGGAAGUACUGGGCAAUGUUGGUGUGUUGAUAAGUAUGGAAAUGAGAUAGCCGGCUCAAGGAAGCAAGGGACUGUUAGCUGUGAAGAGGAGCAAGAAACCUCAGGGGAUUUCGGGAGUGGUGGAUCAGUGAUAUUAUUGGAUGAUCUGGAAGAGGAACAUGAAGCAGCAAAAAAGGACCAAGAAGGGAAACAGAAGAUCCAUGUAAGAGCAGCUAAUGAUGAUGAUGAAGACGAAGAUGACGACAAGGAGGAUGAAAUUGGCUAUAUAUGGUAGUUCCCAUAACUCUGAGGACUCAUGUUUUGCACAAUAUCACAAGUCAUUUCGUAUCUCUGCAAUGGUAACUGAGACAUCAGGCAUUGCAUAUGGAGCUCAAUCUAAACCCGUUUGGGCAUUCCAAUAUGCACACAGGUAUCCCUUACAAUUGAGCUUCCCUUUCACUUUACUGCUGGGCAUGACUCCACAAGCACAAUGGAGAUGAGCAUGCAGAGCUGAACCUGACAUUGAAGUGAAAUGGGAAGACCUUUCACAUGUGGGAGCUCCUUGCACAUGUGGGACUUGGCACACUCAUGUCCAUUGGAGCUCUUUUAGCCAGCAAACUGCUGGAUGGAAGCAAUUAUCUCUCCACUCAAUUUAAUUUAGUACACUGUGUUUAAUUUGGAAGACAGCUUUCCCACCUGACUAGCUAUUUUCUGGCAUAAUUGUAAGCAUUGUUCUAUUUCACUGACAUGGUGACUUUCAUAGCUUAAUCUGCUCACAUGCGUCUUUUAUAAAAAUGGAAUAUGGAACAUAGCAAGAGGGUCAGCACAUCCAAGCACUGGGCUCCUCUGAUGUUACCAGAACUGAAGUUUUCAAUUACUUGAUCUUUUUUAAUUGUGCCAUUUGUUGUUACUACUGUGGUUUUGCUACUUUAAUGUUAAAAGCAGGUAGGUUUGGGGUUUUUUCUGUGUCACCAUCUGGAACUUGUUUGAAAAUAUCAAAAUCGCCUUAACAGUCUGGUUUGUUCAGCCACUGGCUUUAAGUCAGAAAUAAUUGCAUUUUAGUUCCUCCUCAUUUUUCUUUAACAUGGUUGGCAGAACCACUGUCUUAUUUUAGCAGAACUCAAUGAAAGUUCUCCCCCGCACCAGUAGUGCAGGAUAAGAUCUCAGAUGACCAUUUACCAAAAUUAGUUCACUUUAAGUUAAGCAUCAUGAUCUUGAUGAUUGGUAUAGUAUAUGCACGCAACUUUUAGCAAACGAAACAAGCCUGGAAUGGCCUUUCAAAACAUGCGAAAAAGGAAUGCUUUGCAAAGGCAUUUCUUUACAAUCGUUUUUUGCAGGCUUGCAAGUCUUGGAUUUUGCUUUGAUCAAGUUUGCACUAAUGCUAUGCAAGCUGCCUCUGCUUCCUGGAUAGCAUACCACUGGUUUUGCUGAAAACACUUUUUCUUCAUUUACUCUAAAUGAAUCCUCAUUUGGAAGUGCUGAAGCUGUCAGAGGCACUAACCAUCAGAGUAAUAAGCUGUCUUCCCUUUAUUUUAAAUUGUUGAUAUUUGCUCAGUUUUAAAAAAGAAAACAUCUUUAGGCAGUUGCGUUUCUGGUUAAUAUGACAUGUAAUACGUACACAUAUGAACCAGCAGAAAAUGUAAUUAAAAUAUUCCACAUACUUAUAUCUCCAUAGCAGCAUCUCAUUGUUCCCCAUUGCCAUUCAGUGUGGGGAAAUGAAUUUGCCAUUGCAGACCUUUUAUUAUGUUAGCUGUCCAUGCAAGGACAAAACAUGAUGAGCAUCUAUGAUUGGUUGGGAGGGGAAAGAUAGAUUUAUAACAAGCCCCAUCUUUUUCUCAUUAAAUGGAAGGAAAUAAAUGCCAGAUAGGUCUUAAAUUCUGCAAACACUAAGGACCAUACCACUUUUGUUGAUCAGGGCAAUUAUAGUGCUGUUAUACCAGAAAUGAACAUGGCCUGUACACUUAAAGAAAGCUUAUAUUUCUGUGAGAAAGUGCUAAUUUUUUAGUGUGAAUUUCUAUACAGUUUUCAGGCGGCUGCACAAUGGCAUCUAUCCUCAGACUAUUGUUUGCUGUGUGUGAUACUCUUGUUUGUUUAUGCCUUUUGCUUCUGGUGUGCUGAAGUCUGGGGUUGCUGUUUUUUAACAAUUCAUUUUAACACAAGGUCUGGUUUGUUAAUGGACCCUUCAAAAAUAGUAAUGCCAAAUGUCAUUAUGUUAAUAUUGCAUUUAAGUUUGUUUUAAUAUUCCCAACAAGUGCAGCCUAAAUUCACUGGCUUUGUGAAAUUACGAUAAUAUCCAGCUGAGAAGUUACCUCCCAGAUAUACAGCCUUAGCCUGAAACCCUGAGCUCAAUGGAUUCCAGUAAUUAAAUAAGCUGGUUGUCCUUUGACUUUUAAAAAUGCCACUGCUACAAUCCAGAAAUGUACAUCAUACACACUUAAAAACUCUGUAGUUCCACUGAAGAAAAUCCACACAAUUGCUUUGGCCUUUCUGUCUUCUUUAGCCAUAGUGAUGCAAAUUGUGUCCUGUGCUGUUGUGCUUAAGGUAGGAUCCAAUGCCUGGUGAAUGAAGCCAUUGGGCUCUGCCCUAAUUGCCAGUUGACCUCUAUCCCAAUCCUCGUCGAGGAAUGCACUGUCCAUUCCUUGCUAUUAUAAAAGGACAUAGGCAAGGGGACUGUGGAUGCUCUGCUCUUCCUCAACUUUGCCCAUCUCCAAGUAAAGCCAUGUAGCUAUCCUUAAUAGGCCAUCUACAACACACUAAGGGGUAGGGGGCAGCUGCUGGUAUACAACCACUCCACUCCUGUGAGUUACCAGGUUCACAAAGGACCUCAGAGUAUCAGCUAAUGACAUUGUUAUCCAGAGCUCACACUUGAAAGUAAGUUACAUGAGAUUAAUGGGGCUUUCUUCCACAUAAAAGUGAUGUUAACCACUAAAUGUUUUAAGAAUAUGGGUUUUGUGGGGUGCACUAUUAAGCUGUUUUUGGACACUGGCUGGACUAGUAUACAAUAAAAGUCAUCUACUGUAAUAAUGUCCAAUCAGAAGCUGCAACAUAGCUAUAAUUUUCACCAUACUGCUUACCUACUUAAUUUAAUAAAACCUGCAGAAGUCAAAUUCACUGUGUUUGCAGAGAAGUGCUAUUAUCUUUUAUAUACUUACGAUAAAGUUUCAAUUUAGCCUUUGUUCUUGCUACGCACACAGAGAAGCUUGAAUGCAGCUGCUUUCUGGUGAAGUCCAUCAUUGCUGGUGUGUGUGUAAAUAUUGAAACCACACGGGUGAGGCCACUCACAUGGGUCUUUCCCAACUGAUCUGCCUUCUUCAGCUCCAAAUCAUAGCCAAGUCCUAUUGAAAUCAAUAAAAAAAGACUUUAGCCAUACCAUACCUAACCUACUGAUUUCAACAGGAUACAGUAGAAGUUUAAUUUCUGGAGCAGGGACAUUUUAUUUAUGUGAGUAAACAAAACAACCCUGCAGAUUAAAUCUUAAAGUCAGUUGUGGUAUUAAUGAUGUAAUUCAUCUCAUUACACAUAAACACACACAAAACCCCAUAAUCCCUGUCUCCUCUAAUGUUGCUUCUUUAGCACAAAUGCUUAAUUGCUGGGCUCAUUGUCUUAAACACUAUGGCUUUUGUUUAUAUGGGGUUUGUAUGUAUAAAAAUUAACCAACACAAAGUGUGUUGUUUUUUCUUUUAAGAAUCAUUUCAAAUUCUUUCCCAGCAAUUCCCCCCUCCCAAGCAAACCCAUGAUAAUACCGAUUACUUCAUACUUAUUGCUAUAGAAUUCAUUAACAAAAGUGAAAACGGGCAAUGUCCUUAGAUUCAAUAAUCUUCCUGAGAGUUAGUACAUUUAAAAAUAAGCUGUUAAAGAUGAAUCAAACUCAGUUUUGUCUGCAGACUAUAAUCAUUCUCUAAAAUUCUAGCUAUUUGAUUUCCUGUUUGUCUGGAGAGAAAAUAUUAAAAUCAGAAAAGGGUGAAGGACAAAACUUCCAUUUAUUAUUGUAACUAAAGGUGGAAAACCUGAAGAAGCAGCACCCUACAAUUUUGUCAGAUUCUCAAUAGCAUUUGAAGGAAAAAUGAAUCCUUUGUAGUAAAGCCCUUAGCAAAAUACUAGAGCAAUGCCAGAGAAGCAGAAUGAAGUGGUGCCUUCAGAGGCAAUGAAAAGUUGCAGUGUCAUCUAUUUCAUGAUGCCUCAGCUUCACCGUCUGUUGAACCAUUUGUCCCCCCCGUUGCCCAUGUAAGAUUCAGGAACUAGGAAAAGAUGGCAAAGCUACCAAGCAAGUCGCACAAGCUUUUUUGUUCCAUUCUGCAACAGUGCAGAACUAACACAAUCCAAAGCCACGACAGAUUCUCUUGAGUUCUCUAUCAAGACACAGGAUAAAUGCUGUCAUUCAUUUCUCAUUACAUUUUCCGGGGGAGAAAUAAUAAAUGUACCUACAAUAUUGGCUUACCAAGACAUUAAUAGGUCUCCUGUCCUCACCUCCAUGAAAAUUACUUUGUUUAUAACUUCUAAUGGCUUUAACCUCUACCAGAUAAAAUAUAAUGAUUAAUUUCUGCUAUGCCAUAUAGCAAGAACAUACCGUGUUUCUCAUAUUAUAAGACACGUCUUAUAUUUAUUUUUUCCUCAAAAAAAACACUAUGGCUGAUUUUCAAGGGAUGUCUUAUUUUUUUCCUCCUCUUCCUGCCGCAGCCGGCAUUGCUGCUGCGCCUAUCACUAUGUCUUAUUUUCGGGGUAUGGCUUAUAUUCCUUGAAUGCUUAAAAAUCCUGCUAUGGCUUAUUUUAUGGGUAUGUCUUAAAAUAUGAGAAACAGGGUACAAUAGGCUUUUUUAUACAAUAGUAUAUAUAAUUUUGAUACAGUGGUAUGAGUCAGCAGCAGGCUCAAUCAACAACAGUCUGGACCCAGCCUUAUUGUGGAUUUGUCUCGGGAAGUGCAGCUUUCCAUCUCUGUUUCAUUUAAAUCAUAUUUUUUUUAAGAUCAGUAAGCUACAUACAAUUAGCUACUAAACUUAGUGGCAGCUCCACAUACUAAACUGCAAAGACUGCAUGAAUUUUCAUAUCAACUGACUUGAUCCUUUUAAUUCUAGUCAGAGUAUAUAUUGCAGCCAGCAAAGGUGACCCAUGCAUAGAAUCCAGCUUCCACCUUUUUUGGAUGUCAUUACAUGUACAGUAUACAUAAUGAUGGAGCAUGAGAAAGUAAAAAGCACACAGAAAAGCCAAUGCCAAAUUUGCAAGACACUGUGAAGCACAGAGGUAGCCAAUGUAGUGCCCCCCCUCCAGCUGUUGCUGGACUCUAUCUCCCAUCAACCCUAGCCAGCAUGGCCAAUGGUUGGGAACGAUGGGAAUUCCACCCAGCAUAUAUCUCUCCCAAGCUCAUCAGAUUCACCAGUUCCCUCACAGCAAAAGCAGUAAAAUUAAAUAGCUAUGCACAUUUAUGAAGGGCUAUGCUCUCCUAUCCAAACAUGAAUAACCUUAAUGUUACUUCAAGAUGUUCUUGACGUUUAUCUGAACAGAAAACAAGGCACAGCAUAUCUAUUUGAGCUCAGAGGCUGGGGGAAUAUUGUUUUUCAAUAUACAUUUGUAUUAGUCACUGUUUAAAAGUAAUGCAGGAAUCUAGUUUAAAGGAAAGUAGAAAAGGUGGUUAACAUGGGGGAGGAUGUUCACUUUCAGUUUGGCAACCCCAGCUUCCUUAAUCCUUCCCCAGUUCAGUAGCUUGCACUGCUGAACCAAAAAUAAAAUGUUAAAAACUCAAGUGCAGAUGUGGCUCUCACCUUAACAUUAUUUGGGAACAUGAAUUAGGCAUGCCAUAUCAUUACCAACUGGUGCUUGAACUGUGGAAUACAUACCAUGGUUCAUCCUUACUACUUCUGGUGAAGUAUGCAUUUCCACUUCUCAAUAUUAGUAAUAUAAAAUGUGAAUUCAAAGGGUUUACUUUUCCACCAGUGAGAAGGGUCAUAAGAAACCAAAUGUAACAUAAUCUAAUACAUUAUGGAUCAGAGCAGAGAUUUACUUCAUCUAAAUCAGUGGCAUUCAAUAUGUGCAUUUGAUUACAGAAUGUGGCCAUAGUCAGCUCAUGCUGUAUACUCUUGCAUGAUAUUUGCCUUCAUCUGAUAAGUUAGGCUGAGAGCUUUGCACAACGUAAGUGGAAAAGCUCAAGUGCUUAUUGAAAAAGACUCCUAAAAUCAAUGCCAAGCAAAUGGUUGCAUAUUUCUACACAUCAGAAACAUCAUUUAGAACAGCAUCUUCAUUCUUUAUGUUAGGGUGGAUGGUUUUGACCAUUUUUGCAAACUACAACUCAAAAUAGUGUUGUUGUUUUUUCAGUCAAUCACCAUGCAAUAAACUUACUUUGUUAGCUCAACAAAGCAUCCAGUCAGUCUGCAAUUCAGCAUACAUUAAUCACAACAGUGUAAUCCAAUGUUGUAGAAGCAGCAAGACUUCCCCUUCCUCUCCUCCCACACCCAUGCUCCCCCAAAAUCUGCUCCAAAGGGAGAUGGAGGUGCGUAUGAUUUUAUGCUGUGAACCACCCUGAGAUCUACAGGUAUAGGGCAGAAUACAAAUUUAAAAAAUAACAACAACAGGAGGUGACUAUAGAAUGGAAGGAGCAAAAGUUGAAAUCCUAUUGUGCAAGUGAACAUCUGUUGGAGUCAAUCCAGUAUCUUUUCAAGGAUUACUAAAUGCCUUGAGUACUUAUUUGAAUACAUGCUGAAUCAUUUACAGUUCUUCACAGCCCACUGAAAAGGGACAGGUCUCACAACUAUCCAUGAUUCAGGGGCAUGUCAGGCUUCGUGGAAAUCUAUGUAUUCUUCAGAUCGUAACGUCCCUUAAUUUUCCCCCAGCGCAGCUCCAAUUCACCUCUAGCACACACCCUUUUCAGCCCUACGGAUCAGUAACAUCAGUGGAGCAAGUAUCAUGGAAGUUUCUGCAAUGGCAGGGAGGGUGCAUCCAAUAUCAGUUCUCCCAAAGAAAACAAACAACCCUCGCCAUAAUUAUGCCUGUUGGUUUUCUGGAAAUGCCAAUAUAACAAAAAGGUUGAUUUGAAAACAAAUCUUGAUAAUUCAAUGGAAUUAUUUUAAAAACCUGUAAACCAGAAUAUCAACAACACUGGUUAUCUUUGUCAAAUUCUUGGCCCAUAUUUGUUCAUAAUUAAUACAAGAGUCAACAUGGUUGGUGCAAGUAUCAUUAUGUAUUCAUGUUUCAGAGUUCUUCUCACUUUCUCUCCACCCCAUUUCACAGCAUGCCUCAAGAAAAAAAGUGAUACUCCAGAUCAUUAAAAUGUUAAAGAAAUAAGGCCUUUAAUGCAGUAUACAGUAGAGCCACAGGCUCUUCUAUCCCACAGCAGAAUUACCUAUUCUAUUUCUCCCUUAUGAUAAUCUAAAGCUUUUAACUUGCCUACAGCUUGACUUAAUUUCUGAUUCCAUUGGAAGCUAAAAUACUGCAUUUCCUUCAAAUUACUGACCUUCCAAAAAGUUAUGAGCAAUGAAAAAAAAAGCCUCCAACACCAAAAAGAACAAGGCUACUCGGCAGUUUUCAAGCCAAUCAUUCCCUGUAUUUAAAUGACUUUCAAGGAAGUAAGCUUUGAGGGAUGUAUCCUAUUCUUUUCUCAUGAUACUUUACAAAAAAAAUAAAUAUUUUGGAGCCUUGUUGGGUUUUUGUACUGCGCUUCAGUGUGUUCUUUUUACAGAUUUCACAAAAGGUAACAUCUGUUCACUUCUAGCCUCCAUUGUGCUUUGCAUUCUUUCACACCUGAUUUAAAACUACAUUGUGUCCGCAAUCCAGCACAGAAUUAGGUGAGAUAAACCCACUGAUUUCAGUGGAGUUAAAAGAUAGCUAAGGGGCAAUUCUAUGCACACUAGAAUAUGUUGCAUUGAUUUAAACAUACAUAGGAUCAAACCUGCACCUCUGUGUUGAAUUGUUGCCUAUGAGUUUAUGUUAAUAUGUAACGGUACUUCACAUUCAACAGUCGUACAAGAAGUAACACAAUCUGCUAGUCAAUACUUUAAUAUUAGAAACUUCAUACCAUUUUCUCCAGGUAGCAAAUGACAUAAACAUCUUAACUUUGGCUGGCUGGUGUUCUAAGUCACACUGAUGUUAGUUAAUGGCAUUGUUAAGCAUGUGGUUAAUUUUCUCCCACUAAAAUCAAUGGGAACUCAUUAAAUUUGGCCGGAUUGUGUCCACUAAAUCUAGGGUCAUUAUUUGCAACAGACCACCAGAACUCCCAGUAUUUGACUCUCUUUUUUUCAUAGAAAUUUCAUGGCUUUUACAGCAGACUCUUCUUUCUGCCAUUCAGUUGUCUUUUAUUGCACAGACUGCUUUGUACUGUUAAUACAUAUCAAAGAGCCCUUUCUACAGUAGGUGGUAUUUGGUCUUUUUAUACUUUUCUCAAUGCUGCUGAUGUCCGUUACUGUUUAAUGUGUAGCGUUGUAAGGAGAGAUCCAGAUAUUAAGUGUUUAAGUUUUAUGUCCCUACUGUAGAUGGAAUGUACAAUAUCAUAGUUAAUUAGAGUAGCAUAGUAAAUUAUGAAUGCUUUUUUCCCCCCAUGAAGAUUUUAAAUGGAAUGUGAACAUGUUGCUGAUUUCCUUGGUUAAUUGUAAAUGCUGAAUUGUAGUACUAAGUAGUUGCAUUUUUGUCUGUCUCAAUAAAUUUUAAUUUGUC